GUGCUGGGUUGCGAGAACAACAUUUUCAAGUUGUUGCAGAAACAGCAAUUAAAUUAUGGCAAGAAGAAGGAAAAGAUCAAUACGAAUGUGCAGAUCUUGUAGCAUAUAUGCGACGAUUUUUAGAAAAAGAUGAAGGAUUUAAAUUACCUUAUAGUUUUGAAAAUGAUACUCCUCUAUUAUGGUGGUCAACUAACUUU